GGCAGUCCAGUCCGAAUUUCCUGUAUGCUAAAUUUUUUAUUUUAAUAUUUAUAUAGUGGAGGCAUUUUCUUUACAUACUUUGAUAAAAUGUGUAAUAUGAGACUGUCACAUUUCCGUAUAAAUCAAUUCUUUUACAAAGCAUCAUAGUCAGACAGUUUCAAAUCAAUCAUGGUACUUAAAAGGAAGAAAAUGAACCACGUUCUAACGCUGAGGCAGACAACCUACGCUGAUGAUUCCUUCCAGGGAAGCUACGGUGUCAAUGAAAGCGGAAAAGGGUAUACCGAAGAUGCCUUGAAGGUGGAUCAAAGGAAAUACAAAAAGAAUAUAUUUGAUAUCGACAAAAUAGCAGUAGAAAAUCCAUUCACAAAGUAUGGCGUACUUCCAUCAAAAUUAAAGACUAGGUCAAGAAGAAAGACAAGCUCAGAGCCAGCCUUUAUGGACUACGAUUUAGAUAUAGAAAUAGAUAAGAUAGACACCAUAGUACCCUCAGAAGAUGGAAUUUUUAACUGCCGCGAUACUAUUACCGAGGUGGAUGAAGCUACUGAAAAGUUUCCAUUUGACUUGGAUGACCUCAGCGUGAGCAAUAACCCUGUAGACAAGGCUAUAAAAUACAACUCGGCUGAUGUGAUUCUAAAAAACUUGUAUAAUUGUACCAAAAAUGCGUUUUUUGACAUGGACGACUGCAGGGGAUCAUUGAGACAGCGUUGGAUCGAAAAUCCAACAUUGCCAAUUGAUGACCAAUUUAUCAAACUCUCCCUGCAUGAACAUCACCACACUCGUCUCUCUAAGAAUAUCUUCUACAAACUAGAAUCAAUAGUUGAUAAUAAUCAACUCUCAUUCAAGGAUCACUUUUAUGACAGCGGUACUGAUUAUCAUUUCCUCAAUAGGAGUGACGAUGUUACAGAAUUAGACUACACACCUAAAAAGUAUGUUGGAGGUUACGAUGAUAUUUUAUUAAAUGCCUCUACACAAUCUGCUUGCAAAGCUAUGCAAAAGGUAGGGAGAAGCAGCAAACUUGUCAAGCCAUAUGAUUUAAAUGACGACUUUAUGCUGACUGAUGCUGAGGAUUACGCGACACUACAGACACGUUUUGGGAGAAUUAUUUAUUCUCCAAAAUUACAGGAUAAUAAGUAUCUCUAUAGAUUUGUUAUACUAACCAAAGAGGCCCAGGAAGCUGUUGAAAUGUUAUGCAAGACAUCUCCCAGGGGAUCCAAAAAUUUGAAUCGUAAUUUCAGUAAAUCUGGUGGUAAGCGAUUGCUUACUGAAUAUGAGAUUAUAAAGAAUCUAGGCAUCCAAAUGUCCAGUGGAUGGGAGCACUUUUUUUAUUUCAAAAAUAUGCAAAAGGAAUUGGUUCUCCGGAAGCCAAUCACAUAACAUGUACUGAUAC